CAAUUGUAUGAGCCUACAUCUUUUGGGAGGCGUCACAAAAGACAGGACAGGGGAUGCAACCGCUGAAUGAGUGAGAGCAAGGGAAACCAAGUGAUCGUUUGGCUACGGGCCACCGGCGACGCUCCUAUUCUGAAACAACAGAAAGUCAAGAUAUCGGCAAACGAAAAGUUUUCAAAGAUUGUGGAGGUGCUGCGCACCAAGACCAAGUCUGAGCAAGUGUUCGUGUACCUGAAGGAGUCCUUCUGCCCCUCGCUAGACGAGAAGAUCUCUGUGCUUUAUGAGGCAUAUGGCAGCGAGGGCCGCUUGACUGUCAACUACGCCAACGCUCCCGCCUGGGGUUGAACAAAACCCGCAGCCGACUCAUAUUUUCCUUCUGAGCGGGAGCUUGGGAGUGGCUCACUCGAUUGUGGGGUGCUCCAUUUGAAGAGCUGCAAUGUCAAACGAGCCAGAGGGAGUCCAAGACCUGCUAGAGCAGGAUGCUGGCAUGUCGGAGGCUGAUAUUGAGGAGGAGCAGGAACAAGAAAUGAACACCACCAAUGGCAGUGCAGCCACUCAGCCUGCCCAGAAGCAGAAUGGAACUGCGCGCAUCAUUUCUUUUGGCCAAGGGGCCCAGCAGCAGCAGCAGCAGGGGAAGGGCGUGCAGGCAGCUGGUCAGAAGAAAAACGGCCGCCAGCCGCCGCGCUUCUUCAUCCUGAAGAGCAAGAGCAUGUUCAAUGUUGACCAAAGUGUUGAGAAGGGCAUUUGGGC